AUGGCCAACCUCAAGAAGGCGGUCGAGGUGCGGGAGCGGGACCGCAAGAUCGCCGAGGACAAGAAGAUGAAGCGCGAGCGCGAGGCCGAGGGCGACGAGUUUGCCGACAAGGACAUGUUCGUGACCGAGGCCUACAGGAAACAGCAGGAGGAGAACAGGCGGCUCGAGGAGGAGGAGCGGCGGCGCGAGGAGGACGAGGCGCGCCGCAACAAGUCGGGCGGCAUGACGGGCUUCUACAAGCAGCUGCUCGACCGCGGGGAGCAGGCGCACGCCGAGAUGGUGAGGGCCGCCGAGGAGCUACAGCACAGGAAAAAGACAGGCGGCGGCGGGGAUGACAAGGUGGUGGAGGACGCCGCCGCCGCCGAGGAGGAGGACGAGAGCGGAGACAAUGGCGCGGCCGACAAGGCGCGCCGCAUCAACGAGCAGGGCGGCGACGUCGCCAUCAACGAAGAGGGCCAGGUCGUGGACAAGCGCGAGCUGCUCAGGGGCGGGCUCAACAUUGUGCCCAAGAAGAAACAGCAAGCCGAUGCCGCCGCCGCCGCAGCAGCAGCAGCAGCAGCCGCCAAUGACCGGGAACGGGACCGGCGGGAUGGCGGAAGGGGGGCGUCCUCCUCGUCCCUUACCGGCAGGGGCGGCGGCAGGCAGGCCAUGCGCGACCGGCAGUCGCGCGCGCUGGAGGCGCAGUACGAGCAGACGCUCAAGCGCUCGCGGGACGAGGCGGCCGAGGAGCGCGCAAAGGUGGAACUCGCGUCCAAGAGCCAGAAGACGGCGGCUGACAUAUCGAGUGCCAAGGAGCGGUACCUGGCCCGCAAGAAGGCGGCGGCCGAGGCCAAGGCGCAAGGGCUCCCCGGUGAGCCAUGAUGCAGACAACGGCGGGCUUUACGGGUGCCGCAUAUACAUAUACCACAAUAUGCAUAAUGUAAUGUCAAGACACACAAAAGAAGGCCCCCUUCCGGCAAGGGGCGGUUGGUAAACUUGGAACGUGAGCGAGUUUAUUGUACAGUGGCUGAGAAAAGAGGCGGACGUCGUCGCAUCAAAUAAAAAAUGGCACAAGAGCGGCAAGAGCCCUCCUCACUGGAUGCCGCCGUUCGCCGCCUCCUGCUGUAACCUCCGGACGUAGGAGCUGUGCACCAGGUUCCAGGCCGUCAUAUACUUCUCCA